AUGUCCACGGCAACGGCCAAGGAGGAGGAGGCGGCCGCCGCUUCGGUGGCGGCCACGGCGCCCGCAAUGGGCGGCGAGGAGGCCGCCGCGCGGGCCACGCAGAAGCGCUACGAGGCCCUCCUCACGGUGCGGGCCAAGGCGGUCAAGGGCAAGGGCGCCUGGUACUGGGCGCACCUCGAGCCCGUUCUUAUCCCGCCCGUCGACACCGGCAUGCCGCCCAAGGCCGUCAAGCUGCGCUGCGCCCUCUGCUCCGCCGUCUUCUCCGCCUCCAACCCGUCACGGACCGCCUCCGAGCACCUCAAGCGUGGCACCUGCCCCAACUUCGCUGCCCCGCCGCCGGGACCCGCCGGCGCCUCGGGCUCGCAGCCGUCGCCGACGUCCACGCAGCAGCAGCUUGCGCUGCCGUCCAACUCCACCGCCUCGUCCCCUGUCCCCAUCUCCUCCAUUGCGCCCUCCUCGCCGCGCCACCACCAGCACCACCACUCCAAUCCGCACCAUCACCACCACCACCAACAACAACAAUCCGGCAACCGCAAACGCCACUCCAUGCCGCCCGCGUACACGCCAGCGGACCCCGUGUCCCACCAUCAUCACCUCGUCGUUGUUGACCCGUCCUCGGUCUACUCUCCGGCGUUGCCCGCUCUGCCGGCGCCCCCUGCGCCACACCAGUCGUCGGCACUCGUGCUCUCCGGCGGCAAAGACGACUUGGGUGCUCUCGCCAGGCUCGAGGACAGCGUCAAGCGCCUUAAGUCACCCAAGGCAUCGCCGGUCGCCAUGAUGCCCAAGCUCCAGGCUGACGCGGCGCUCGCCUUGCUGGCCGACUGGUUUCUAGAGUCAUCGCCUGGCGUAUCCCUCUCCGCCGCUAGCCAUCCCAAGCUCCGGGCCUUCCUCCGCCAUGUCGGGCUACCGGACCUGCAGCGCGCCGACCUUGCUGGCCCGCGUCUCGACGCCCGCUUCGCUGAGGCGCGCGCCGACGCCACCGCGCGGGUUCGGGACGCGCUCUUCUUCCAGCUUGCCGCCGACGGCUGGCGGGAGAAGGUGGUCACUCUCUCUGUCAACCUCCCAAAUGGCACGUCCGUGUUCCACCGCGCUGUGCCGGUACCCGCCAUGGCGCCCUCAGACUACGCCGAGGAGCUGAUGCUCGACGCCGUGGCUUCCGUCUCAGCCUCAGGUUCCUCCAACGACCUCCACCGUUGCGCAGGCAUAGUUUCUGACCGCUUCAAAUCAAAGGCGCUGCGUGAUCUUGAGAACAAGAACUACUGGAUGGUGAACCUAUGCUGCCAAAUCCAUAGCUUCACCCGUUUGGUGCGGGACUUCGCAAGGGAGCUGUCGCUUUUCCGCUCUGCCACAGCCAAGUCUGCCAAGCUUGCUGCCUACUUCAAUGCCAAACAGACGGUGCGGUCUUUGCUGCACAAGCAUCAAAUCCAAGAGCUCGGUCAUGCCUCGCUUCUUCGUGUCGCACAUGUGCCAUUUAACGGCAAUGGCAGCAACUGCCGUGCGGCCUUUGAGAUGCUGGAGGACAUUCUGAACUCUGCACACCCGCUCCAUCGUGCUGUGCAAGAGGACUCCUACAAGCUCGUGUGCAUCGAUGACUCGGUUGCCCGGGAGAUUGGGGAGAUGGUGCACAGUGAGGCUUUCUGGAUAGAGGUUGAUGCUGCGCAUUCGCUCGUGAAGCUGAUAAUGGAUAUGGUGAAGGAGAUGGAGGCUGAUCGGCCUCUUGUUGGGCAGUGCUUGCCGCUAUGGGAGGAAUUGCGUAGCAAGGUUAGAGAUUGGUGUGAGAAGUUCAACAUUGAUGAAGGUACUGUUCUGAAUGUGCUUGAGAAGAGGUUUAGAAAAAACUACCACCCAGCCUGGUCGGCCGCCUUUAUUUUGGAUCCUCUCUACCUUGUCAAGGAUGCCAGUGGGCGUUACCUCCCUCCGUUCAAGUGCUUGACGCCUGAUCAGGAGAAAGAUGUCGACAGGCUGAUCACUAGAAUGGUGUCCCGGGAAGAGGCGCACCUAGUUCUGAUGGAGCUGAUGAAAUGGCGGUCAGAUGGGUUGGACCCGUUGUAUGCACAAGCUGUGCAGGUGAGGCAGCCUGACCCCUCCACAGGGAGGAUGAAGGUCGCGAAUAAGCAGAGCAGCAGGCUUGUUUGGGAGACAUGUCUGAGUGAGCUCAAGUCGCUGGGCAAGGUAGCUGUGCGGCUCAUCUUCCUCCAUGCAACCUCCAGGGGUUUCAGAUGCACGCCGUCAAUGGUGCGCUGGCUCUCUGCACCAGGGAGCUUGGCAAGUGGCAACGAUAGAGCACACCGGUUGGUUUUUGUUGCUGCAAAUUCGAAGCUACAGAGGAGGGACUUCUCUAGCGAUGAAGACAAGGAUGCAGAGUUACUUGCUGAAGGGGAUGAUGAUAUGGCGAAUUUACCUGGCAGUGUGGAACCAUAA